UUGACGGUUUGGCUCAAAAUGGCUGGAGAGAAACAGUUAUGAGGAUCGACGGUUUAACCAGAUAUAUACGAAAAAUGAGCCUGUCGUAGCUCCAAGGUGCUUCCUCCACAUAACUGGGGAUCCAGGGGGGAGUGUGGAGAGGGGGCGACAGGACCACAACCUGGGCACCACCCAGAAAGAGGAGGAGCAAGGGGAGCACUGAGGAGGAAGGAUCAUCCAAUCAUUGGUAGCCAGUGAGUCCAGCCCUUCAGAUGAAGAGCCUUCAGUUCCGGAGCAUUGCCCCUAAGGCCCCGGCCGUGGUGCCCUCCCCCUCCCCCGCGGUCCUGUCCUGCCAGCCUCCCUCUGCCCUCCCUGAGGCUUCCACCGCCUCCAGCCCUAAGUCCAUCAUUGUGCCCACCCAAAACUAUGCACUGAUGCAAAUAGCAGGUCAAGAUGGCACCUUCUCUCUGGUGGCGCUGCCCCCUUCUGUCUCCUCUCAGACAGCACAGCAACAACAGCAACAAACACAAAAGAACCUCAAGUUGCCCAUUCCCAGAUACCAACCGGUGAGGAGCAAAGGGACCACAGAUAAGGUCAAGUCACCACCUUUAGUUGCUAAGGUGAAAACAGCCGCCAAGGUUGCUGUGACAGCACAGACCAGGUCAGGGGCGUGUGGACCAUCGACAGUGGUAAAGAAAAAACAACAAGAGACUAAGCACACAAAAGAAACCCCAGUGAUCAAGGAUGAGCGUUCAGAGCAAGUAAUUCUUAUUGACCCAGCCGCCUCUGACAUCUCCGUCACUGCUCUACUCCCAGACAAUGCUGUCCUGUAUCCGGGCUCUCAGUUAGAGCGAGCGCCAGAUGGCUCUGAACGACCUGCCACAACUGGCCUCAUUCAGAACCUCCAGUACCCCCCUGCUGCUGUCAAAGGCUCCCCAGGCAAAUCCCCCGAGGACAGCAAGACUACAGUGAGGCUGUGCCAGUCCAAGCCUGCUGCAGCCCAGCCCCAGAGCAGCAUCACUGUCUUGUCCUCAGCCAUCUUCAGCAAAGCGGUGCAGAUCAUCCCAUCCCCACCUAAGGGUAAACUGCCCAUCCUGCCCUACUCUAAAAUGAAGAGCACUCUCAUCCCGGCUGCCAAGCUCAGCAGUUUGUCCCCAGAGAAGAAGGGUUUCUCCAGCCAGACAGGCCUCACCAGCCCCUUAGAUCCUUCGUCCAAGACCCUUGAGACAGCUGAAGCUUUGGGUCACAAUCAGGUGCCAAACUCCACUCUACAGCCCCAGGCCAAGACCACACUCAUGCCUGUGCUGGGAACCCUCCAGAAACCACCUGGCAAGAAGAGGGGGAGGAAGAGAAAAACAAUGGAAGACAUCUUGGCAUUUGAGGCCAGAAAGAAACGGUCCUUGUCCUUCUUCCGUAGAAGGGUUCCAGAGAAACCGCCAGCAGUCGUUCCAGGCUCCAAACAAAAGGAAGUUGAUAUUUCAAAGAAGUACCGCAGCAUUCGACCCAAGCCCAUGCUGCUUAUGGAGACAGUUCCCCAGCUGGUUAGCUUGCCCGCCAUUACCCCAGACAGCCAAGAACAGGAGCUUGUACUCGGUCAUCAGCUCCCCUCCACAACAGCAACCAAGGCCCUGGAUUGUCCUCCCCAACCAGCCCCGGUGACCCUCCACCUGAGAGGAGCAUCCCAUCCAAGAGUGUUCAUAGGCAGCCGCCCGCUCCACCGCUGCCCCACCUGCAGCCGCUGUUUCCAGUUUAAGCACCACCUCCAGAGCCACAUGAACAGCCACACCAACAGCCGGCCCUACGUCUGCCCGGUGUGCCGCAAAGCGUAUGCUCACUCCGGCAGCCUGAGCACCCACAUGAAGCUUCACCACUCCGAGGUACGCCCACGACGGUCCCUGUGUUGUGAGUUCUGCGAGAAGGCCUUUGGAUAUGUGGGGGUUUACUUUAGUCAUCUGAGAGAGGUCCAUAAGGUGGUGCUGACCGUGGAGCCGUCCAUCAGCCAUCACGAGGAUGACCUGUCCGUGGAAGGGGCCAACUCUCCAGAGCCAUCGGACGAGCAGGAUCGUGAAGACCCCGUGGAGCUGCAGAUUAAAUGCGGACGCUGCCAAGCCAUCACUCCCACCUUUGCCGACAUGAAGAUGCACUUGCUGUACGUGCACGGACAGGAAGUCCAUGUUCCACAGCACGAUGGGCAACCACUGCGGGGUGGUCGCGAGGCCGAGAACGAGCUGGUUAAGCACGCAGCCCACUACUGGCGGCAGCUUAACGAGAAGCGCAACCUGGUCAAGUGUGGCAGCUGCGACGAGGAGUUCUUCUCAUUCUCCAAACUGAAGCGGCACAUCAUGUCUCAGCACCGUGGCAGGGAGGGGGAGGACAGCGGGACCGUGUCAUCACCAGACAGCAGCGGUGGAGGCCUCGGGGUCCUUGCAGCGGGCACGGCUUUUAACUGUGUGCUUUGCAGCGAGGUGUUAGACACUAAAGAGGGGGUUAUGGAGCACUGGAGGAGUCGCCACCACUGUGAGCAGCCUGGCCUUCUGUGGGACGCACUGAGCUCCUACUCGGGCCAGGAGGAGGGUGAGGUGGACGGGGACGGGGACCCGGACACUCCCGCUCCUAGCCCACACUAUCCAGCCUAGCCCUUCACUGUGGCUGCUCCUCACACACACUCAGUCCUAACAAUCAGCAGCACAGGGAUGUAGAGUUUCUCUUAUGUCUUUUAUCACUAGUUUCAUCUUUCGCCAGUUGAAGCAGCAGAAAAAAUGAAAAACAAUAUCAAGCCAAUGGUGAAAAUUGAUCUUUGUGUUACAAUUCAUAUGAGAUACUCUCUCAAGGUCAGAGAAUCCAAUUUUAUAAACGAUAUUAUUUUUCAUGUUGUUUUGAUUGCACUGUUUUGUUUUUGACAUUUUGUUUGGAGGUAUGUAUUUAAUAUCCUGUUGGAUUAUUUUUUUCUACUGCUUAUUUAAAUCUUAUUAAAAGGGUAAUUUAUAACCUAGCUGACACAGUAAAGGGUCAUUUCACCCAAACUCUAACCUUGAACCUAUGAUAUCCAGCCAUGCAGAUCAUUUGUGCUCAGUUUUUGAGAUAUCUGAGGGUCCUGCCCUCCUCCACAAUAAAAACAACUUUUUAGAACUUGAAUGCGACUCAUAAGAAAAAGUUCCCCUGUCACUCAGUGGAUUACUCAGAUGAAUGUGAGCUCCACAUACAAAAUCCCUCUAUUUCAUUGGGUCAGAGCUAAGGAUGUUAAUAGAAAAUCGUUAAUCAGUGAACUGCCGAGGAUAUUUUUGACAAGUUACACCAUACACUGUAUAUCAAGAUGGAUGGUGCGUUCCCAGCUACUGUUGUUAUACUUAUGGGAAGCUAAAAUAUCUCAGAUACGGCCGCUGCCAUCUUGUGCUGCUGGUGUCAUUUUGAGCCAGAUUCUGCGCAGUUGUGAUCUCUGCUGUGGUGGUGGUGGUCUCACCAAAACACCCAUCUUUUCAAUAGCAAACAGUGCCAUUGAAUGCAAAUGCACAAAUCUGCUCACACAGCUGUCAAUCAUCACCUAAAAUUCACUUAUUGUAGAAAAAUAAAUAACUCAUUAAAACCAAACUUUUUAGAAAAAUGAUCACUUGGAAAAACAGAGUGAUGAGAACUUCCUUGCAUAUCAUAAACCAUCAAUUGAAAACUUUUAUUUAGCGUGUACUAUGAGAUUUAAAUUCAGCCCAUGUCCCUUUCACUAACAUGGAGGAUGUGGCUUUUAUGGCCUAUACUGCGGACAGACACCAGGGGGCGAUCCAGAUGUUUAGGUUCUCUUUGGGGAAGCUGUUAUGUCGUCCAUAUUUAUAUUCGGUCUAUAGGUUGCACGUGGGCUAAUAAUGCUGCUCUGUAGUUUAUUCCACUGCACAUCACUCGAGUCUGGUAGCAAAUAAAGUUAACUCACUUGGUGAUUACUGUUAAUAAUGCUGUCCUGACCCCACGGCAUUGGUGUGCAAACAUGGUGGCCACCCAACGGUUUCCUCCCAGCUUUCACCGGUAGGAAAACAUCUCAAUUCUGAGCCAUAAAACCCCUUUAGCAUAGUUGACUAUGUUAGUUCUGUUAGCUCUGAUAUCACUGUUUGCAGCAUCAGCACGGCUAGUGGUGCUCACAUAGUAAGCAAUGCUAAAAGGGUUUUGUGGUCAAUAUGAAGUCGUUAACUCACCGGGGGUUGCCAUAAUGCUCCAACAGCAAUGAAUUUCGCUGUGGGGACAGCGUUACUAAAUUAUUGUUAUUUUUAAAAUUCAGACUUUUUAAACUUACUUCUAUCAAAUAAAAAGUUUCAAUUACAAAAGCAAUGUGUUCAACCAAAAUUUACCCUUCUGUUUUCGUUUCUUUAAGGGUUAUUUUAAGUGAUAACAGUAAUUUUGUAUUUCCGUGAUAGCAUAAAACAGCGAUAUUUUCUAACUCUGUUAUCAAACUGACCAUUGCAUCAUCAGUGCAGAGUGGCCACUGGUUAGUAGAGACUGGAGGUUGGGCAGUGGGCAUGUUUGCAUUUAUUAACGUGACCAGCCGGCUGUCUGUCAGCAAGGCCAAUGCAAAAUGAAAUAAAAAUCAAGACAAUUACAUUUUAAAAAAUUAGAACUUCGCCACCUCUAAAUUUAUAACGCUUUGAAAUGCAUUGCUAAAGCUCACUGAAUCAACAGAACGCAGGACUAAAAGGAAACGUUGCUUGUAUUAUUAAAAAUGAACCCACCAGUUACCAGUUAAUGGGUGGCACUCUAUCACUCUAGCAAAGUGAACCAAAACUGACAUCCCUGGUCGGAGGCAGAAAUCUCAAAGAUAUUCUUCAUUUCAGCUGAAACUACCAAAUCUGCAUUGCUGGAUACCACUAUGGGUUUUAAUUUAGGUGGACUGACCCUUUUAAAAAAUACUGAGAAAUCUAAAUCUCAUAACAAGGGCACACUGUCUACUGUCACACUGGCUGACGAUGUAUCUAUUGGCCUUGGAUUGUUACAGGUUAAAAAAAAAUCUGUAUGUGUAAACAAUCCUUAGACAUAAUAUUACUCCUGUAACAGAAAAUCAACAGUUAUGACUUGAACUCUUACCGUCCGAUUCCGGACAGCAUUAGGGUCCUUUGCCCACCUGGACCCAUGAAGGAACACUUUCCUAACCAGCACCCAAGUGACAUCCUCGUGGCCUUCUGAAAAAAAAAAGAAAAGAAAAAAAGGGUGUUCAUGCGUAGUGUGGCUUACCGUCAGUCUGGUUCUCCGUAGGCCAAGUUCUAUCUCCUUGACUUGUUGAUUAAUGCCUAUUUGUGUAUUCUGUGAUAUGCCAAGGGUCUAUUUACACUAGUGAUUGUAGAAGUGAGUUUUGCAUUUAAGCUUUUUAACCACUGACAGAAUACGUUCUGUUGACUUAGUAAAUAAGCAAAGGAAACCAUCGAAUUGCCUACCUGUUGUUGCCAGCUCAUGUACGCACCUGUGGAAUUGUGUGCACCCAGACUCUAUUAUUAGAGUUACUAGAAACUGUUGUCAAGUCCAGAAAAUAUGCUAUUUUAUACUCUAGAUUAAUACAGAGGUCUUUUAGUAUAUUUAUGCUUGUUGCUGGUGCUUAAAGAACCAGCACUGAGACAUUUGUUACGUUUGCUUCUUCUAAGGGGAUGCUUAAUGUCUUGUUUCUCGAUGGGAGGCCAUUACUACAUGGCAAGUAUCUCUGCUAACAUUUGUCUGUGUUUAUCUUUCAAAUGAAGAAGUUAAAAAAAAAAAACAUCACAGGGUCAAGUGAAUGUACCUGAAUGUUUUCAAAA